CUGUCCCCGCAGGAGUGCAGCGGCCUGGGGGACAUGCCCGGCUCCUUCGUGCCCACGGUGACGGCCAUCACGACGAGCCAGGACCUGCAGUGGCUGGUGCAGCCCACGCUCAUCUCCUCCGAGACGGACCAGCUGGAGGAGGAGAAAGCGGAGCUGGAGUCGGAGAUCGCGGAGCUGCAGAAGGAGAAGGAGCGCCUGGAGUUCGUGCUGGUGGCCCACGCGCCGGGCUGCAAGCUGCCCUUCGAGGACGUCGCCGAGCUGGCCGCCAGCGCCAGCGUCACGGUGCCCAGCGCCCAGGAGGUGAGCUCUAUGGGGCUGCCGGGCAAAGAGGAGCCGUUCGGGCCCGCCGCCUUCCUGCCCACGGUGGUGGCCUUCCAGCAGAGCCAGGCCCCCGGCGCCCCGUCCUGCCCCAGCUGCUGCUCCGCGCCCGGGCCGCCGCCUAACCCCUCCUCUACGUCUCCGUUUGUGUUCACCCACCCAGAGGGAGCCUCCUGCGGAGCCUCGCACCAGCGGAGCAGCGGCAGCGACCAGUCCUCGGACUCCUUGAAUUCUCCCUCGCUCCUCGCGUUGUAA